AUGGUUAUCGCACAAAUAAAAAAUAAGGAAGUUGAAGUUGGAUACCUUGAAACGGGCCGACCGAAUUCUCCUUCUGAUAAACAAUUAAAGGAUCAUAAGAAACUUAAUAGACUUGCAAAAGAUGCCAUUGAUACAACCACUGAUUCCAAAAAUGAUAGAGUGUUUAGGGGGCUGGCAAUGAACUAUAUGCUGGCAAUAUUUACAAUUAAUGUCGCUGGCGAUUUAUUGGAAAUCCGUUACAUGCGUAAGGAAG